GACCUGGAGAAGGAGGCGGCAUUCCAGCGCAUCAACAGUGAACUGCGGGCUGAGGCCAAGGCCAUCUCGGACUGUACACCGUCAAGGCCUUCCCACACUUUGUCCUCACUUGCAACAGGGACUUCUGGUGUUCCCGCUGUCUCUAAAGCACCCAGUAUGGAUGCACAGCAGGAGAGACACAAGUCCCAAGACUGCCUGGGUCCAGUGGCCCCCCUAGCUUCUGCUGCAGAGGUCCCCUCUACAGCUCCUGUGUCUGGGAAGAAGCACAGACAACCAGGCCCCCUGUUCUCCUCCUCAGAUCCCCUUCCUGCCACCUCUUCCCACUCCCAGGACUCAGCCCAGGUCACCUCGCUGAUUCCUGCCCCCUUCCCAGCUGCAAGCAUGGAUAUGGGCAUCAGAAGAACAAGGCCUGGCACUUCUGCUCCUGCAGCUGCCUCAGCAGCCCCUCCCCCCUCCACAUUGAACCCCACGUCGGGGUCACUACUGAAUGGAGUGGAUGGAGGCCCUUCACAUUUCUGGGAUGCAGCCACAGCUGCAGCAGGUGCCCAGAGGUCAGAAGUCAGAUAUAACCAGAGAUCCCAGACCUCCUGGACGAGCUCGUGCCCCGAACACAAUGCCAUCUCGAGCUCCUACAGCUCUACGGGAGGCCUCCCGGGGCGAAAGCGGAGGUGGGGGCCAGCCUCAUCCCACUGUCAGUUGACCCUCAGUUCCUCAAAGACAGUGAGUGAGGACAGACCUCAGGCUGUCUCUUUGGGUCACACCCAGUGUGAAAAGAUGGCAGAUAUAGCACCAGGGCAGGCACUGGCCCUCAGGAAUGGCUCCCCCAGAUCCCAGGCCUCUAGGCCCCGUAAAUGCAAGCUUCCCCUGCCACCACACAGGCAAGGGGAUCCUCUGAUGCUGCCACCUCCCUUAGAGCUGGGGUUCCGGGUCACUGCUGAAGACCUGGACCUGGAGAAGGAGGCGGCAUUCCAGCGCAUCAACAGUGAACUGCGGGCUGAGGCCAAGGCCAUCUCGGACUGUACACUGUCACGGCCUUCCCACACUUUGUCCUCACUUGCAACAGGGGCUUCUGGUGUGCCCGCUCUCUCUAAAGCACCCAGUAUGGAUGCACAGCAGGAGAAACACAAGUCCCAAGACUGCCUGGGCCCAGUGGCCCCCCUAGCUUCUGCUGCAGAGGUCCCCUCUACAGCUCCUGUGUCUGGGAAGAAGCACAGACCACCACGCCCCCUGUUGUACUCCUCAGAUCCCCAUCCUGCCACCUCUUCCCACUCACGGGACUCAGCCCAGGUCACCUCGCUGAUUCCUGCCCCCUUCCCAGCUGCAAGCAUGGAUGCGGGCAUCAGAAGAACAAGGCCUGACACUUCUGCUCCUGCAGCUGCCGCAGCAGCCCCUCCCUACUCCACAUUGAACCCCACGUCAGGGUCACUACUGAAUAGAGUGGAUGGAGGCCCUUCACAUUUCUGGGCCUCAGCCACAGCUGCAGCAGGUGCCCAGAGGUCAGAAGUCAGAUAUAACCAGAGAUCCCAGACCUCCUGGACGAGCUCGUGCCCCGAAGGAAAUGCCAUCUCGAGCUCCUACAGCUGUACGGGAGGCCUCCCGGGGAUAAAGCAGAGGAGCGGGCCAGCCUCAUCCCACUGCCAGCUGACCCUCGGUUCCUCAAAGACAGUGAGUGAGGACGGACCUCAGGCUGUCUCUUCCAGUCACACCCAGUGUGAAAAGACAGCAGAUAUAGCACCAGGGCAGACACUGGCCCUCAGGAAUGGCUCCCCCAGAUCCCAGGCCUCUAUGCCCCGUAAGCGCAAGCUUCCCCUGCUGCCACGCAGGCAAGGGGAUCCUCUGAUGCUGCCACCUCCCUUAGAGCUGGGGUUCCGGGUCACUGCCGAAGACCUGGACCUGGAGAAGGAGGCGGCAUUGCAGCGCAUCAACAGUGAACUGCGGGCUGAGGCCAAGGCCAUCUCCGACUGUACACCGUCACGGCCUUCCCAUGCUUUGUCCUCACUUGCAACAGGGGCUUCUGGUAUGCCCGCUGUCUCUGAAGCACCCAGUAUGGAUGCACAGCAGGAGAGACACAAGUCCCAAGACUGCCUGGGCCCAGUGGCUCCCCUAGCUUCUGCUGCAGAGGUCCCCUCUACAGCUCCUGUGUCUGGGAAGAAGCACAGACAACCAGGCCCCCUGUUCUCCUCCUCAGAUCCCCUUCCUGCCACCUCUUCCCACUCCCGGGACUCAGCCCAGGUCACCUCGCUGAUUCCUGCCCCCUUCCCAGCUGCAAGGAUGGAUGCGGGCAUCAGAAGAACAAGGCCUGGCACUUCUGCUCCUGCAGCUGCCUCAGCAGCCCCACCCCCCUCCACAUUGAACCCCAUGUCGGGGUCACUACUGAAUGGAGUGGAUGGAGGCCCUUCACAUUUCUGGGCCACAGCCACAGCUGCAGCAGGUGCCCAGAGGUCAGAAGUCAGAUAUAACCAGAGAUCCCAGACCUCCUGGACGAGCUCGUGCACCAAGCGAAAUGCCAUCUCGAGUUCCUACAGCUCUACGGGAGGUCUCCCGGGGCUAAAGCGGAGAAGGGGGCCAGCUUCAUCCCAGUGCCAGCUGACCCUCAGUUCCUCAAAGACAGUGAGUGAGGACGGACCUCAGGCUGUCUCUUCGGGUCACACCCAGUGUGAAAAGAUGGCAGAUACAGCACCAGGGCAGACACUCGCCCCCAGGAAUGGCUCCCCCAGAUCCCAGGCCAAUAGGCCCCGUAGACGCAAGUUUCCCCUGCUGCCACGCAGGCGAGGGGAGCCUUUGAUGCUGCCACCUCCUUUGGAGCUGGGGUUCCGGGUCACUGCUAAAGACCUGGACCUGGAGAAAGAGGCGGCAUUCCAGCGCAUCAACAGUGAACUGCGGGCUGAGGCCAAGGCCAUCUCGGACUGUACACCCUCAUGGCCUUGCCACACUUUGUCCUCACUUACAACAGGGGCUUCUGGUGUGCCUGCUGUCUGUAAAGCACCCAGUAUGGAUGCACAGCAGGAGAGACACAAGUCCCAAGACCGCCUGGGCCCAGUGGCCCCCCUGGCUUCUGCUGCAGGGGCCCCCUCUACAGCUCCCGUGUUUGGCACGGAACACAGACCACCAGGCCCCCUCACGUUCUCCUCCUCAGAUCCCCCUCCUACCACCUUUUUCUACUAAUGGUAUUUCUGGUACUCAGCCCAGGUCAUGUGGCAGAUUCCUGCCCCCUUCCCAGCUGCAAGCAUGGACGGAAGCAUGAGAAGCCCACAGCCUGGCACUUCUGGAGCCAGUUCUAGCCCUACAGCCGCACCCACGGUAAUUCGGAGUAGAGUCGGAUCCACGUCUGCAUUCCGUCAGAAGAAAAUCUUUUAAGAGAAAGGACCAAAGGAAAUAGGGCAUGAGGGGGCCUGAACACCCAGGGGGCCCCCCAGGCAGAGCACUUCCAUGGUGACCGUGGGACCUGGCACGGGGAGCAACUCUGUUGGGUGGCACUUCUGUCUUUACUUUCCAUCACAUCCCUGGGGGACCAUUUAAACCGACGCCUGCAAUUGCAAGUCGGGGAUCCAGUGCCACUGCAAACAAGGCAGGCUUCACGUGCAAGUCUGGGCCGGCCUCUGACCCUAGCAACUCCACUUCCCGCGUGGGCACAGCAAGGAGGAAUCUGGCUUCUAAGGCUCCCUCAUGCGCUGUCAGGAGUUCUGCUGGACACAAGUCCAAUGCGCCAUCCUCCAGCUCAUCCUUCUCCAUGUCGGGCUUUUGAGCCCAUCAUAAAUUCCUAGAGUGAG